AUGGAAACGUCGUUUGCGUUAACUGGCAAGGGCUACGUGAUCGUAGCUGCUGACACUACUGCCGCCCGAUCCAUUGUCAAGAUGCAGAUUGACCAAGACAAAAUCAAGGAGCUCAGUCCUCAUCUUCUCAUGGCGUACUCGGGUGAACCAGGUGACACUGUCCAGUUCGCUGAAUACGUCGAGCGCAACAUUCGUCUGUACCAAAUCCGUAAUCUGUAUCCUCUUCGCCCAGCCGCGGCCGCGUCCUGGAUCCGCCGUUCAAUAGCGGAAUCUCUGAGAUCACGAAACGCGUAUUCAGUCAACUUGUUGCUGGGCGGAUAUGACACGUCCUCGCACACACCGAACUUGUAUUGGAUUGAUUACAUGGGGACAGUAGUGGAAGUGCCAUUUGCUGCGCAUGGAUAUGGUAGUUACUUCGCUCUGAGUUUGCUUGACCGUUACCAUGAUCCAGAAGCAUCCCUGGAAGAGGGUCUUGCCACCCUGAAACGUUGCAUCAACGAGGUGUCGAAGCGUCUGGUGGUUAAUCCAGGCAAAUACAAGGUCAAAGUAGUUGACAAAGACGGUAUUCGAGAAGUCGAGAUAUAA